AUGCCGCAGUGGGCACAUCUCGGCCUGGUCUCCCUGCUCCUGGCUUCCUCCGCCUUCGUGGGUGGUGCGGACAUCGAUUGGUGGGAGAACGCCUCGCUCUACCAGAUUUACCCGCGCUCCUUCCAGGACAGCGACGGCGAUGGCAUCGGCGACUUAAAAGGAAUUACCUCGAGACUGAGCUACCUCAAGGAAAUCGGCAUCACGGCCACUUGGCUGUCGCCCAUUUUCACCUCGCCCAUGGCGGAUUUUGGCUACGACAUCUCAAACUUCUACGACAUCGAUCCGAUUUUCGGUACACUUGAGGAUUUCGAUGCCCUGAUCGUGGAGGCCAAGUCGCUGGGCGUCAAGAUCAUCCUGGACUUUGUACCCAACCACUCGAGCGACGAGAACGAGUGGUUCGAGAAGUCGGUCAAUCGCGAGGAAGGUUACGACGACUUCUACGUGUGGGACGAUGGAAAGCUCAAUGAGGAGACGGGUGAGCGGGAAGCUCCUUCAAAUUGGAUCAGCGUGUUCAGCGGACCCAUGUGGACGUGGAACGAGAAGCGGCAGCAGUACUUCCUGCACCAGUUCUUAGACAAGCAGCCCGACCUCAACUUCACCAACCCGAUGGUAAGGGAGCACAUGCUGGAUGUCCUCAAGUUUUGGCUGGAUCGUGGUGUAGAUGGAUUCAGGAUCGAUGCGGUUCCCCACAUCUACGAAUAUCGGUUUGCAAAUGGCUCCUAUCCGGAUGAACCCAUUAGUGGUUGGGGCAGUGAUUCCAAUGCCUAUGACUACCACGAUCACAUCUACACCAAGGAUCAGCCAGCCACUGUGGACUUGAUGUACGAGUGGAGGGCCUUCUUGGAUCAGUAUCGAGCUGAGAACGGAGGCGACUCAAGGGUUCUGCUGGCCGAGGCUUACUCCUCCGUGGAAACCCUGAGUGCUUACUUCGGCAACAGCACCCACCAGGGAACCCAGUUGCCCAUGAACUUCCAGCUGAUGUAUCUCAGUGGCUACUCCACUGCAAGAGAUGUGGUUGGUUCCAUCGACUACUGGAUGCAGACCAUGUGGACGGAGCACCAGACGGCAAACUGGGUGGUUGGUAAUCAUGACACCAACCGCGUGGCCGAUCGCAUGGGAGCCCAUAAGGUAGAUCUCUUGAAUGUGAUUGUAAAUGCCUUGCCAGGAGCUUCGGUAACUUACUAUGGCGAGGAGAUCGGGAUGUCCAACGUGGAUGUGGAGUGCACCGGUGACUCCUGCGAGGAUCGGGAUGGAGAGCGAACGCCGAUGCAGUGGACCUCUGGAAAGAACGCCGACUUUUCCGAUGGGGAAAGCACCUGGUUGCCUCUCAGUCCUGAGUAUCAAAGGUACAAUGUGCAGACGGAGCGAGGAGUCUCCAGAUCGUCGUUGAACAUUUUCAAAGGACUGCAGGCACUGAAAAGCAGUUCUGCCUUUUUGGCCUUCAAGGAGGAAGGAGGCUUCUCCUACGAGGCGGUUACGGAACAGGUCCUGCAGAUCAUAAGAACUAACAAGUACAGCGAGGAGUAUCGAAUCUUGGUCAACAUGGGCAACGACUUGGAGAUAAUCGAUGGACUGGCCUCCAAGACUUACGAGUAUGUCCUGGUCACUGCCUACUCCACUCAUUAUCCGGGGCAAACAGUUGAUCUGUCGCAGAGAAUCAUACUCAUGCCCUACGAAGCAGUCGUUUUACGCUGGCAAGCGUAGUGCACUCACUUCUGGUUAAAAGUCAAAACAAAUAAAUUCCUUGUUAUUUUUCCUGUUAAAA